GUUGUUCCUUAUUCUUGUCUAUCGCGGUUUAGCUGUGUAAGUUCUUUUUUUGCGACGUGUGUUUAGCAAAACCAAGAUUCUUGAUAAUGAUAAUAUUAACCGUUUCUUUCAAAGGUUAUUAGUAGGAAUUUAAUUGGAGACAAGAACGACAACAGUUGGCCAGGCUAGUUGUGUUUGUGCCGCUGUAUUUCGAGAAGAAGAUUCAAUGAAAACGUUCAGAAACUUCCAGAAAAGCGAGUUAAGUGAUGUUGUAUCACAGGUGGGGUUUGGAGGGUUUGGCAGAGUUUUCCACCGUAAAUGGAGGCGAGGGGUCCAGGUCAUUGAUGUUGCGGAGAAAGUGUUAAUAGAGCAUAGGAUAGAAGAGAGGUACGCCCGUACUAUUCUGCAAGAGGCGGAAAUGUUAUGCAUGAUAAAACACCAGCACGUGGUCAAGCUGUUUGGAGUGAAACACACGGACUGUUCAUUUAGUUUAAUCAUGGAGUUUGUGAAACACGGAUCGUGUACCGACUUCUUUAAAUCCGUCCACUUGUCCAGGGAACAUCUUUGGAAGUUAAAAUAUCGCAUUGCUUUACAGGUUUCGGGAACCAUGGAGUAUUUGCACACGAUGCUACCAAAACGAAUGCUUCACUUAGAUUUGAAAUCAGCUAACGUGUUGUUGGACGCGACGCUAAACGUUAAGCUGUGCGAUUUCGGGCUAUCUCAAGUACACACACUUUCCAGACUGGCAACCAGGAGAAGCGUACUUAGCAACCGCGGUGAUGUAACACAACAUCAUGUUGGCGGGGGCACCAUAACACAUAUGGCGCCUGAACAUUUAGCAAACCCAAACUAUAAGCCGACGACGAAGUCAGACAUAUACAGCUAUUCUGUGUUUUUGUGGGAACUCGUGACCGAACGACAACCGUACGAAAAUGUAAGCCACGUUGGAGACAGCAUGGUGUUGCUGAAGGAUCACAUUGUUAAAGGUUCACGACCUGACGCCUCGGAAAUUCCUCCGACCACCCCAACACCCCUGAUCACUGUUAUACACUGGGGAUGGAAUGCAAAUCCGAAUGCAAGACCAGAAUUCCAAGAUAUUACAAGACUACUGAGAAAAAGCAUCGUUUAUGAAGAUUCAAGAUUAAGCGACUUGGUCUCUGAUAUUUUAGUCGCUUGGGUUCCGCAGACUACAACGACGUUAGGUGGCAGAUCAGACACACCGCAUCUAAGGUCUUUACCUUUAUUCGAUACUGGAUUCGGAGCAUCCACACUUAAAAGCAAAGAACAAUACAGAUCCGUUUCCCGUGAAACUGAAAGCGCAUCUGAUCAUACAUACACCGUUAUAAAACCGGGUUUAAACAAUGCUAGCACUGCGACCAAAUGUACGGUUGAUUCCGGUUUGUACAGCACUACCCUGCAAAGUAAUCGAGCAGAAAUAUCCCAUGCAAAACAUAACCCGGAUUGUGUUCCAUCAACCUUAGCUACAGAAGCCACCCCUCUUAUUCCCCCAGGUAGUGCUCGAAUUGUCCAGCAGAAAUCGUUUUGCGAAUCCCACUGGCCGAAAAUUGUAGCGUUUCUCGCGUUAUUGCUGGUCCUUGGCGGCGCAGCCGUUGUUUGCGUGAAGUUCCUUUUGAAACCGGAAACUGGUCCCGCGGAAUGUGCAAAGCGUAACGGUCAAUGCAUUCAGUGGAAUUAUGAUAUUUGUUACGGCACACAAUCCUUUGGAAUUUGUACAGCCUCUGGAAAACAAGAAUCGUGUUGUGUUACGACCGACACUGAUCGAUUGAAUGAAGACAAGUGGAGAAUAAAUGACGAAAAAUGUCGAAGCUUGGGCGGAAACUGUCAACAGGACAGCAACUCAUGUUCCAGUGAAUACGGCCCACUUACAUGCGGAGGUCCAAACUCUAGGAAAUGCUGUCUUGGAAGAUACAGCGACUUUGACAUCAAUUGUACAAAGUUGGGCGGAUACUGUGUAGACUGGAGAUAUCAUAAGUGUACGGCUGGUUAUAAACAAGGCUUAUGUGGAGGAAACAACAAUCGUCGAUGCUGCUUGUAUUGUGACUACCUUUGUUAUUCUGCCGAAGAGAGGUACAGAUCGCUUACAUGUGACGAUCCGUGUAAACACAGAGGUGGCACAUGCAAAAACUCCACCAACUUAUUGCAACGGUCGGAACUACAUGAUCGGCGUUAUGCUGUGGAAAGAACGGUAGAAGUUGCUGCCUUGAUCCUCCAACUGUUUGAAACCUGAAAAAACAUUGUCGUGAAUGUGUUAUUACAAACUAUUGUAUAAACAAUACUCCUUA